AUGUCAAGCACAACAAUGAAAGUUCCUACUCCAGUAAAGUGGGUGUUUGAUAGAUUCCCAGUGGUUCAAUACCAAACCAUACCGCAAAGUAAGGCAAUUGCUUAUUCAGACACUGUUAACCGAUGUUUUGAGUUCCGCGAUGUCAAAAGUAGUAUGCACAAUCCUGAAUAUGAUGGUGGGAAUUCGAAAAACGACAAUAGCGGUAAUGAUAAUUUUCAACUGGGUGUGUACAGCGUGCAUGGUUUCGAGAUAGGCGGUACAGAUGUUAUGUUAGCAAGAGAUCCGUUGUGUCUUUAUGCCCAGCUAUCACUCUGUAAAAAGAAUAAUUUAAGAUUACCUACCAAAUUUGAAGAGGGUAACAAUGAAAAGAAAAACCAGCCGAAGUUGGAUGCAGAAUCUACACUUGACUCUCAUUUUACAACAGAUGUCGCUGGUAUUAGAAAACCCGGAAAUAAAGUUGUCAUUUUAUCGGAAAAAGCCCAUAAAGAUGAAAGGCUCCCAAUCUUGAUAGAAACUACGAUGAAUGGCCAAUCUAAAAAUAUAAAAAGAUAUGUGAGGUCUAUGGAUUCCAUCAUGAUAAUUUUAGAUUCUAAAUUGGAAUCUGCUGAACUUGCUAUCGGGAAUUUGUUGGAUACAACCGUUUAUGAUGCAUUUCUCCUUUGCACAAUACAUAAUAAUCUAGUGUACGAGACAUAUGGAUGUUCGCCUGACACACUUCAUACACUGAGUAAAAGGAACCGCUUUUUCACAAGACAUCCGCAAAUAUCCUCUUUGUCCCUAGGACAAAUUUAUACCCCCUCUCCUUCUGAUUUAGAAAAGCAACUGGCUAUGGCUAAAGAUAUUUUAUUGUUAUUACAAAGUACACAUGAUAAAUUCAGUGAUUAUCUAAGGUUAAAGGUUGCAAGCUAUGUUUUAGCUCUUCUACACCUCCCUAGUUUCGGUGAGUUUUUGCGAGCAGAGUGUUCAAAACUACUUGAUGAUAGCACAACAAUUGUGAAAGACUUUGUAUGA